GCUACAUAACAACUGAAUAAUGAAGACCCAAAUCUUCUUCGUUCUCGUCGUCGCCUGCUUCGUCUACGUGGCAGCGGACCCUCAGUUCUUCUGCGGAAGAAAGCUGGCGAAUGCCCUGGCUGUUAUGUGCCCGUACCAGGACUACCAGGGGACAAGCAAGAGGUCUGGCAGCACUCUUGAAGACUACGAGGGAUUCGGCCUGUCCUGGUUGCUGAACCAAGCGUCGAAGGCCGAGGCUCUGACCACGAAGGCCAAGAGAGGAGGAAUUGUAUCCGAGUGCUGCGAGAAGCCUUGCUCUAUUGAUGAGCUGCUCACAUAUUGCUAAUCGCCUGGAGUUG